AUGCGUUUCGGCAAAUUCCUGUAUGGUGGGCUAACCAUCGCCAUCGCGGCCUCCAUCCUAACAUUUACCCUGAUACUUAAGCUCCACCCCGGCGUCAAAAUCUGGGAGCUCGCCUGGCCAGCCCUCUUCCGCUUCCUAGUCUUCCAAGGCCCUGAUGGCGAUCCGAUCUCGACAAUGCUGAUGCCCUCUUACGCCAACUGGACGGGCACGGAAUGGCUCCUCCAUGCGCAUGGCUUCCAAUACUGGCGUCCACAUAAAACCCCUUGGAGCGCCGUCGUCUUCGCGCGCAUCAUCUCCCUUGCCCCAUCUUGCAAUUUCUACGACGACCGGGAAAACGCUCGCUACAAGGAAAACAUGAAAGACGUCGUCGCCAACCCUGUCUUCACGAAGCUUCAUAAGACGCCACCACCGCUACUCUACAUCACCAUCCCCGCAAGUGCAACCAGCGCUACAGGCAGAACUAUACCCAUGGUCUACACCGCCCUCCUAGGCAACACCGACAAUACUGGCCGCUUCAACGCUCAUGUCACCCUCCCCGCCCAACUCCCUCCCGGCCCCAUCCCCGCCAUCAUCCCAGGCACCACCCUCAUCCUGCCAGAAAGCCGCCAAUACCUCAUUUCUCCCACUGGCACCGGCCCAAUCAUCAUCUCCGACAUCGACGACACCCUCCGCGUCACCCGCAUCUGGGAUCCACCGCAGGCCCUCAUGAACGCCAUCGGGCAUCCCUUCACACCAUGGACCGCGCCCGGCUCAGCCUCGAUGCCCAAUGUGUACAAGCACUGGAGAGCUCGGUGGUCAGAUGCCCAUUUCCACUACCUCUCCAUCUGCGUCCCCCAGAACAUUGUCUUCAGCUGGGCCGGCCUGCGCCGCUGGUAUCCCGCCGGCACAUUCGAGACGCGCUGGACGGGGGAGAGUGGGUCGGGGGUGCGGUAUACGCGGCUCAGACGCAUGGCCGAGACGUUCCCGCAUCGUAAGCUCGUGCUGGUGGGGGACUCGAGCAAUGCGCAGGUGCUGCGGGACUACCCGAAGCUGUACCAGGAGUUUCCGCACACGGUGGCCUGUAUACUCAUCCGCAACGUCAGCGCCACGGAGCCGGGGAUUCGCUCGGCUUUCUCGGCGGAUCCGGAGGUCUAUGGGGGUUUCAGGGGGAUGCCGAGGGAGAGGUACUUCUUCUUCGAGAGACCGGGGGAUGUCAGGGAUGUGGACUUUGCGAGGGGGGAGUGUGGGGAUGGGGCAAGGGCAGGGAGGGAGCUGAGGGAUUUGGGUAAAUUGUGGCAUUUGAGGAAUUGGGCAGCGAAGACGAGCAGGGCGUUUUGGAAGGGGGUGUGGAUGCCGUGGGGGGUGCUGCUGAGGCGUGAUGGCACUGCUGGGGAAGGGGGGAAAGGGGAGAGUGUUUGA